GACGAUGGUCGAUCUACAUUCUCAAAUGCUUGGAGAAAGAGGCUGAGCAAUGAAAUGAAUAGCAAGUAUUUUGUUGAACGAAAAAAACUGGGCAAACUAGUGACACCAAUAUCUUCGAAUAAAAAAAAGGAAACUUGCUGGUUGUCUUGGUGACGCACGCGUCUAAAACAAAACAAACGAGAAAUCACACAACUAAGAGGAAGCAAGAAGAUAACCAAAAUGGCGUUGAACUACAUUAAGGAAAGAGUGCUAGGACGUGGAUCUUUUGGAACUGUUUACUUGAUUAAGAUGAAGACGACGGACACGCACGGCUUCAGAGUGGAUGGCGCCCGUGACUUCAAAACAGAACAUGGAGCCGCAAGUUACGUGCUGAAAGAAAUCUGCAUUCGCGACGAAAAACAACGUGAGGCUGCCCGUCAAGAGGGCAGACUCUUGUCUCAGUUAAAUCACGUCAACAUCAUUCGUUAUUUUGACUCUUUCGAAUCGCCCAUCACGGGCAAUUUGUGCCUCGUGAUGGAAUAUUGUCCCGGUGGCGAUGUUGCAGCUGUCAUUCGCCAACGACGAGGUGUUCCGUUCCCCGAACAACAAAUUCUUAGUUGGUUUCAGCAACUCGUUUCAGCUUUAGAUUACCUUCACAAGCGAAAAAUUCUGCACAGGGACAUAAAAACGGGCAACAUAUUCGUCACGGCCAAUCUUUUGGUGCUCAAACUUGGCGAUUUUGGUGUGGCCAAAGUGCUAGAACGAACGGGACAAAUGGCUCGAACGUGCGUCGGGACGCCCGGAUACUUGUCGCCCGAGAUUUGCGGCAAUCGCCAAUACAACAGCAAGAGCGAUAUCUGGAGUUUGGGAUGCGUCCUGUAUCAGUUAAUGACGUUGCGGCCACCUUUCACGGGACGUAACAUGAAUCAGCUGUUGAUUGCCAUAGUACGGGGUCACUUCCCUCCAAUGCCGGCUCGUUACAGCUACGAGCUACGUCAAACUGUAGCGACCAUGUUGAGAAAGAAUCCCGAGGAACGGCCGUCAGCUGAAGCACUUCUCCGGAAACGCCUGUUUUCAAGCAAACAAGCACAUCAAUCGUCGACAAAACGAAAAGUCAGCUCCUCUCCGUCGAACCGCAAAGGUUUACUUUCUGUCUAUGCCAACCCAUUACUGUCACGACCUGCCAAAUCAACAUUUGUCAAGGGCAAGAACCAAACAGUCAAGACCAAAAAGGAUCCUCGAAGACGGUGGAAUCCUCCAACGCAAACGUUAAUCGGGGCCCUCAGUUCACUUACCGUGACAGAUGAGGCAACCUUCAUCCUAAAUGACUCUUCACGAUGGUCCCUCGACCAUCUAUCCGAGAACACUUACGAAGAAUCCGAUGAGUCACAGCGUUCCGUCGAUUCUGAUAUUGUUGGCAAUCAACAGACUACCAUAAUGAGGGAAACUGACGAAAGUCCAUUUCACCGACUGGAACGAUGGAUCGUCUCUCUGGAAGCAGUGCAUGGGGUCGCGUUACUCAAGGAUGUUAGUAGCCGCCUGGCAAAUGCAGCAGUGACAGCGGUGGAAGACGUCGUACGAGAUCGCCUAUUUAACAAAGUUUCUUCGUCUUCCGUCAACGAGCUAGUGGAUUUCUUCGUUUUCCAGCGCCGACUUUACCUCAACGACCACAGCUUUUAG